AUGAUCGGUAAAACCGUCCUCACCGCCCUCUUCUUCCUCGCAGUGACACACGCCCAACAGGUGGGCCGUGAGGUCACCGAAACCCACCCCCGUCUCCCGUGGCAGCGCUGCUCUCGCAACGGUGGAUGCCAGACUGUCUCCAACGGUCAGGUCGUCCUCGACGCCAACUGGCGAUGGCUCCAUGUCACCGAUGGCUACACCAACUGCUACACUGGAAACACCUGGAACACAUCCGUUUGUUCAAGCGCAACCACUUGUGCCCAGAGGUGCGCGCUUGAGGGUGCCAACUACCAGCAAACCUACGGUAUCACAGCCAGCGGCAACGCCCUUACCAUUAAGUUCCUCACUCGUUCGCAGCAAACCAACGUCGGUGCUCGCGUCUACCUCAUGGAGAGCGAUACUCGAUAUCAAAUGUUCAACCUUCUCAACAAGGAGUUUACCUUCGACGUCGAUGUCUCCAAGGUUCCAUGCGGUAUCAACGGUGCCCUCUACUUCAUCCAGAUGGACGCCGAUGGGGGUAUGAGCAAGUUCUCUGGCAACAAGGCCGGGGCCAAGUACGGUACUGGCUACUGUGAUUCGCAGUGCCCCCGUGACAUCAAGUUCAUUAACGGUGAGGCCAACAGCGUCGGAUGGGAGCCUUCUGAGAGUGACCCGAACGCGGGCAGAGGCCAGUACGGCAUUUGCUGCGCUGAGAUGGAUAUCUGGGAGGCUAACUCCAUUUCCAACGCCUACACCCCUCACCCUUGUCGCACCACGAACGACGGUGGCUACCAACGCUGCCAAGGACGUGACUGCAACCAGCCUCGUUAUGAGGGUCUUUGCGAUCCUGACGGUUGCGACUACAACCCUUUCCGUAUGGGUAACCGCGAAUUCUACGGCCCUGGAAAGACCGUCGACACCAACAGGAAGUUCACUGUUGUGACCCAAUUCAUUACCGACAACAACUCUGACACUGGUACCCUCGUCGACAUCCGCCGCCUCUACGUCCAAGACGGCCGUGUCAUUGCCAACCCUCCCACCAACUUCCCCGGUCUCAUGCCCGCCCACGACUCCAUCACUCAGCAAUUCUGUGACGACGCCAAGCGAGCAUUCGAGGACAACGACAGCUUUGGCAGGAACGGUGGUCUUGCUCACAUGGGUCGCUCCCUUGCCAAGGGCCAUGUCCUCGCCCUUUCCAUUUGGAAUGAUCACACUGCCAACAUGCUUUGGCUCGACAGUUCUUACCCCACCGACGCCGACCCCAACAAGCCUGGUAUCGCCCGUGGCACCUGCCCUACCACUGGCGGGAAGCCCAAGGACACCGAGCAGAACCAUCCCGAUGCCCAAGUCAUUUUCUCCAACAUCAAGUUUGGUGACAUCGGCUCGACCUUCUCCGGCAACUAG